CGCCUGGCCUGGAGCAAAGCCCCGUGGAACCCUGGGAGUUGCGGUCCUCGCUAACCGGCUGGUGGUGGAAGCAGAGAGAGAGAGAGAGAGAGAGAGAGAGGGUGACGUGCCAUGACAACCAUCAGAGAGAGAGAGAGAAAGGCAAGUUCUGCAGCGGCUUUCUUCUCUGGUGUCUAAAUGGAUUUCUGGAGGUUUAGUCUGGAUGGACAUCAGAGAUAAUGAUCUUCUCUGGACGUUAACUGCUGAGCCAUGUCUGCCGGCCUGGACGAUACAGACAACGUGUUCGACCUGAACGAGGCGAUCCCAGAGACCGAGCUGCUGGACAACAGCAUCCAGAAGGGCCGGGCCCAGCUGUCCGUCAAGGCUCGGAGGCACCGCCCCUCCAGGUCCCGUUACCGUGACAGCGUGAGCUCCACGGAGGGGGACGACAGCCUGGAGAGGAAGGACAGUCCGUUACACUCCACCCGUUCACCUCUCCACCUGGCUAUGCGAGGCUCCUCCCCCUCUCCUGAUUCGCUGCUGUCGGCUCGAAGCCCCGCCUUCUCCUUUGACACAUCACUGGUGCGUCGCUCUCCAGAGGACGAAGGAGCGUCAUUGGCUGCUCCCCCGCGGGGGCGGUACCAUCAGCUGACCAAUGCCACGUCUCAGGAGGCUCUGGUGACUCCCAGUAGCUCGCCCUCCAGGUCCUGCCCCUCCUCCGACUGCUCACGUGUCUACAUGAGGAGGAGCAGGAGGCCCGACAGCGAAGGUGCACACCUGCACACACCUGCACACACACCUUUUGACAUGAAGAGGAACAGAAGGCCCGACAGCAAAGGCAUGCACGCCUGGAAACACACCUUGUUGGUUUCUGAUUCGAGUCGGGACACGAGUCCAGCUGAUCCCGGCAGUCCGACCGUCAUCUUUGACAAGAAAACCAAGAGACGCUUCCUGGACCUGGGGGUGACUCUCAGGCGUUCAUAUAUCAGGGUGAGGAAAGAUAAGUCCAACAGGCUCUCUGUGGGCAGCAGAGAGCCGUCUGAGAGUCCGUCUCGGUCUUCGGGAUCCUUCGUCCCGUUCUCCUGGUUCUCUGAAGGACGGGGGUCGCUCUCCUCCUCCGGGACUCCCCCCUGCUCCCCCAAAACCACCCCGCUGAGCUCCCCGAGGCCCCGCAAGUCUCACUCCCAGGAGUCGGCUCUCAGCGAGGAGUUUUCUCCUCCUCACACCUCCUCCUCCACCUCUCCUCCUGUCGACUCCUCUUCCUCCAGAUCCUCCCAUCCAUACCACACCCUCUCCCAGUCCUCUGAUGAGCCCUUCGAUGACCCGUCCUGUCCGGUGUCUUCGUGGACGACUCAGCAGGUCUGUCAGUGGCUGAAAGGACUCAACAUGGAGCAGUACGUCCCAGAAUUCAGUGCGAGAGACAUCGACGGUCAGGAGCUGCUGCAGAUGGACGGCAACAAGCUGAAGGCUCUGGGCAUGCUCAGUUCGUCUGAUCGCGGCGCUCUGAAGCGUCGCAUUAAAGAAAUCCAAACUGCAGCAGAGAAGGAGAGAAAAGCUCUGGACAAGAUGGAGAAACAGAAAGAAAAACAACGAAGAAAAGAGCAAGAACAACGCAGGAACUGACCGCCACCAGGGGGAGACGGAGACGGGGAGGACAGAGGACAAAGGGGGAGGACAAGAGGGGGCGGGGGACAA